CCGGAGUGUUUGCUAGAACGUUCCUGUUGGGGGGGGACUGACGAAGUAUGUGUGGUGGUGAUGUGGGGCAGUGGGGGAUCUGCGGGGGGGACGCAACAACUCGUUAUGCGUCAAACCUCGCUCUGAAUUUCUGUACGCAAGGUUCCGCGGGGGUCUGACGCAUGGAGCGAUACCACUCAGCAUGCCGGUUCUUUAUUUUUUUUCUCACUGUCUGAGGUUGUCGUUACCUUUUGGUAGCACUCACUAAACGACAUUUAACGUGUCGUAGUGAGAUUUCACCUCGUGUUCGCAACAGCUCACGUCACUAAAUAUCAUUAAGUCUCCUUAUUCGGCGAUGAUGGUGGUUUCAGGGACAACGCGUCGCGUCGCGUACACAAACGCGCAACAAAGAAUGCAACGCGACACGUCGACGCGCGACGCGUGGAAACGCGUUAUUAUAAAGGGCAAGGUUUCCCUUUGUAACGUUUCCUCUGCCUAAGUGUGCGUUUCUUUACACACAAGACUUCGCCUCGUGUAUUGUUUGGAAUUCCCCUUUUGCACGAGUACCGUUGUGCUUCUGCGCGUUUGUUUUCGGUCCCUGGUGCAUCAGUGGUAUAGAAUUAGGUUCAUUGUGUCCUAGUAACAACGUUUAUUUGACAUUGGCGCUUGUGGUUUAGUCCGCUGCUGUUGCCUUCUUUUUCAUUGUGUCGUCCUUUCAUCCAUUUGUUCAUUAUCAAAACUAAGUGCUAGUCAGCAUGGUGGAAACGCGUCUCGAGUACGGCGAAGAUAUUCCAUUUCAACGACUACCGUCACCACUUUCUUCUUCACCUCUAGGUCGUCAAUCAUGUCCUCCAGCGCGUUCUACACCCAAUCUUCCCUCCAAAUGCCACUGGAACACAACAACUACGCCUCGACGUACACGUUUUACAGACGCAAUUCCUCCAGAACAUGUUCUUCGAACACCAGACGCGUCAAGCAGUCUGCAUCUGUCGUCCCCACACGCGUCCACAGACGCCAUUUCGUCUUUCCAUGGACGCAAUGUCACACCAGAGCGUGAACCGUUGUCUCCUAUGUCUGUGCUUCCUACGGGUUGCUCCAAAGUUCUUCGUUUGGGCCGUUCGAGCAGAGCGUGCACGCAUGUGCUGUCGCGGUUCGACAAGGCAGUUUCACGCGUUCAUGCGGUUGUGUUCAGCAUGGCUGAACGAAUGGUCAUUGAGUGUCAAGGCUGGAACGGCAUGGUCGUGUAUGACGGCACGGGGAAGCACGUUUACCGCAUGAAGAAAAACGAUCGCAUAGUCCUGACUCGUCCACAAAAUAAUGCCUGUCCACUCAUUGACGUGUUUGGUCAUCGCGUUCUCUUGGGCUGGCCGCCCGCAGAACGCGAAAGCGUAAGCGUUCAAACUGUUCCCGAACCUUCGUCGCCGUUAGCUGAAGCAAUUGCGGCAGAAGACGAUCCUUCCAACCCGUUUUUCGAUAGUCCGGACGCUACUCGUAUUGCGUGUCCGGCGCCAACUUCAUUACCACCCAUGUCUGUUUCCAUCUCUCCGCGUUCCAGACACCAAUCACCCCUUUUCGAGCCUAUGCUGCCUUCAUCACCGCCGUCUCCCGAACCUUCACGGUUUCGUAGGCGCAUGUCUUCAUUGGUUCUCCGUAUCGACACGGAAAAUCCAUCUGCUCCUCUGCUCCAGGGUUCUGCCAACUUUCCAGACGAAACUCGUGCGCCUUCUGCCACACCUAAUCCUCUAUCUUUUUCUGUAGAAGCUCUCCUGGCGUUGUCAAUGGCGGCCAACGCUACCGGUGAAGGUGAUGAAGACAGCAAUUCCAGCAUGCGCACUCCAGGAACCGCCAUUUUCCCUCCUACGAGCCUUCCUCCAGCAGUGGAUUUCUUUGAAACGGAUGUCACCAAGAAACCUGAAGCACCUAUCUUUGUUCGUCAUGACAGCAUCGAUAAAGCUGCCAGGCCCACUAUUCACCCUAAUGACUUAGUCAACAGCGACGAUGCUGCCAUUGAACAGCAUACUCGCCCCCAGCAAACUGCGCAACUCAACGCGCAGUUGUCUACAAUACCCAUGCCAAUGGAGUCUCCUAAACAACAAAAACCCGACAUAGGACGCACUCUGACUCAGCUAGAAGAUGAGCUUUUACUUCCUAAAAAACGCAGCAGCGGUGAGACUUCGGCGGCAGAUUCAGAUGACUCGUCUCAUGAAGUAAAGGAGAAUGCUCUCCCUACAGAUUUGUUUCUUGACAUCCUGCUGGACGAACUCGCUCUUUCAAGUACGGCAACGACACCGCUCCCUGAGCUUGCUCACUUAUUUCCGCCAUCUUUCAAGCUUGAACAAAUUCAAGACCAAUUGCGCAGCCUUGCCCAGAAACAUCCAUUUCUCGUCGAAGUAAAACGUUACGGUCGAGACGCAUCCAAUCGUCCUUUAUGGGGGGAAUGGCUAUACGAUCCGGAAUUAGACGAAGACGAAGAAAGGCGCAACCGUUAUAUCCCACUCAUGCGUCCUGUGCGUUCUGCUCGUCGUAGUCACAAGCAAUAUUACUGGAAAAGGCCACGAACCCCUUCACGUUCCUCAACAGCGUCAAAGAGACGACGCUCUUGAAUCCCAUGUAUUCUAUCCAACGGGCACGACAACUGCUGCUACUACUAAACGUGCGUUAUUAGGACCACUUGGAAUCCUCUCGCCAUCUCUGUCCGUUCUUUCUUUUCUCUCUCCCUCUUUAUAUUUUCCUCUCUCUCUCUCUCUCUCUUGAACCCCAUCUCUCUUUCCCGUUUGUUUUUCAGCAGUUCUUCACAGUGUACGUACACGCUUCCACCUUUAUCUUCCCGCAAAUUUGAGUAUGUUAGGGCUGAAUCCAGACAUCUUCAAGCACUCUUUGCCUUUUUCUCGUUUGUUCAACUUUUUUCAUUAUUUCUCAUGUCUCAUUGGUGAUGGAUGGUGGUUCACAGACGCGCAUAUUCUUUUUGUUGUCUGUGGAACACUUUGUUUGUUCUGUCUAUCUCCUGUUUCUUUUUUCCUAUUUUCUUUUUGAACCUUUUGAUGAUAGUCUUUUAAUAAAAAGUCAUGCACAUUUAGAAAUUAGAAAUACUUUUUCGUAUAGCUCACCAUAGCGCAGAUCGAAAUAGCUACUUAAUACAUUCUAUGCUUUUUAUGAUUCAAUUUAAUAUGACUCUAUCCU